UUCCCUACCAUCACCAGUUUAGUGACUAAUUCCAGUCGCGCAACUCCCGUGUCUUAGAGAUAAGGAAUUCAUUGCGGAGUAGGUGCAUGCUUGUCGGCUACGUUGAGAAUCGUCCCAACUCCACGAGUUUCCCGCCAUUCCUUUCUAGAAUUUUUUGUCACCAGCCUUUAAUUGCCGCAACUCCUGACAAACUCCUUCCUCCGACGUGGAAUUGCGACUGUCCACGUGUCAACGACUCAAGCCACUCAUGGAUACCUCGUCAGCUGAGCCCGCUCUGCCGUUAGAUGAUUCCACGUCAGCAGAUAAUUCCACGUCAGCAGAGGACGUGGAAGAGGUCGAGAUUGAGGUGGUUGACGAGCCUCGUCGCGCGGAUUUUCAGGAGAAAGUGCGCCGAUUGCGGCAGGUUUUGCGGGAUCGCGGGAUCCAAUCUGCGUUAAUCUCGUCCGUCCCUAACUUCUUCUGGCUCACAUCCGGCGGUCGAAAUUACGUCAGCCUGUACACUCAGCAGGGUGUGGCCUCUAUGUUUGUAGACGCGGACAGGGUGGUGCUGGUAACCAGUAACAUCGAGGCGGAGCGAAUCACAGCAGAGGAGCUCGCAGGGCUGGGCAGCAUCCAGGUGUUUGCCAAGCCGUGGUUCUGGGACGACUCGGCUCACUUGAAUAGGCUCAUGACCCUAGGCCGUGGCUUCAAGCCAGAGCCCGACACAGGGGACAUUCUCGCCCCGCGAUUCGCCGAGCUAAGAGCCACCCUUACCCCCUUUGAAGUGGGUAAAUACCGGGUUCUAGCCCGGCAGUGCGGGGAGCUCCUGGGGGAGGUGGCGCGGGGGCUGAGGAGGGGGGUGACUGAGAGGGAAGUCGCAGGGGCGGUGGCGGGGGCGUGUUAUUCGAGGGGAAUUCACCCUAUUGUAUUGCUGGUGGGGGCGGACGAGAGAAUGGAUAAGUGGCGGCACUCCCUGCCUACUGCUCAAGUGGCCAAGUCACGCCUUCUUAUAACCCUCUCAGGUCGGCGCCACGGCCUCAUCGCCUCUCUCACCCGCGUCGUCCAUUUCGGGGCGCUCCCCCCCGACUCGCCCCUUCGCCACAAGCACACCGCCGUCACCUACGUCGACAGCGUGGCGAUCGCCAGCACGUGCAUCGGCGCCACGUCAGACGCAAUCAUGGCGAGAAUCCAGCGGGCCUAUGAGGAGCGAGGGUUUAGGAACGAGUGGCUGCACCACCACCAAGGGGGGGCGACGGGGUACCGGACUCGGGAGUGGAAAGCGGAGCCGGGGGUAAGGUAUUACGUGGGGUCGCCACAAGCGUUUGCAUGGAAUCCGUCUAUAGCGGGUACAAGAUCGGAGGAUACGAUCCUGGUGGUUGGUGGCGGGGGGGAGGGGGGAGUGGGGAGUGGAGGGGGGGGGAGUGAAGGGGGAAGGGAUGGAGGAGGGGAAGCAGCGUGUCCGGAGAUCUUGACGGCGACACCUGAUUGGCCGAUGAUUCGGCAUGUGGUGGAUGGGGUCGAAGUCUUGAGGCCAGAUGUUUUGGAGAUUUUGGAUUGAAUACUGUAAGGCUCCGGACCGGCGCUUUUCUUUUAGGCGCUCUUCUUUCAGGCAUUCUCUCUACCCAGUCCAGUGUAGUUUCUCCAUGUUUCAGCCAGUCAUUGGCACCUUUAGGGUUAGGGGACGUAUCUCCCAUGGUCCCCCACCUCGAGUCCCAAUAGGGUUUAUUGAUUCACCUCAAUAGGGUAUAUUGAUUCACCUCAAUAGGGUAUAUUGAUUCACCUCAACAGGGUAUAUUGAAUCCCACCAUGUAUUAAUCCCAG